AUGGCUGCUGUGUCUCCGACUGCCAGGUGCCAGGAAUCAGUGACAUUCGAGGAUGUGGCCGUGAUUUUCACAGAUGAAGAGUGGAGGCAUCUAGUCCCUAUUCAGAGGGACCUCUACAAGGAGGUGAUGCUGGAAAACUAUAAGAGCAUUGUCUCAUUGGGACUUCCAGUUCCUCGACCUGAUGUCAUUUUUCAGUUGAAGAGAGGGGAUGAGCCUUGGAUAGUUGAUCUUCAUGGAUCUGAGGAGAGAGAAUGUCCAGAGAAUGUCUCUCUAGACUGGGAGACUAAGCCUGAGAUUCACGGUGCUUCAGAAGAAGAAUCAGAAGGAACAGCGAGGGGAAAGCUUGGAGGAGAAGUUCCUGUGUGUCCUAAAUUUGGGACACUGGAGGGUGAGUCGGAAGAAGGAAAGGAGAGCCCUGCCGUCCAGACCUGCAAGGAGUCCCUUUCCCAGAAGGAAAGCUUGCAGCAAGGGUCUACCCCUCUCAAGAAAAUUCUCACUAAAGAGAGAGACCAGGAAUGCAGCCACUGUGGGAAGACCUUUUUUGACCACUCAUCCCUUAUCCGCCAUCAGAGGACUCACACUGGAGAGAAGCCCUAUGACUGUCACGAGUGUGGGAAGGCCUUCAGUCACAGGAGCAGUCUCAGUAGACAUCUGAUGUCUCACACUGGGGAGAGCCCCUACGAAUGCAAUGCGUGUGGGAAGGCCUUUUUCGACCGGUCGUCCCUAACUGUCCAUCAGCGAAUUCAUACUGGAGAGAAGCCCUUUAAAUGCAGCGAGUGUGGGAAAGCCUUCUUUGACCGUUCAUCCCUUACCCGACACCAGAGAAUUCAUACCGGAGAAAGCCCUUAUGAAUGUAAUCAGUGUGGGAAAGCCUUUAGCCAGAAGAGUAUUCUUACUCGACAUCAGCUCAUCCACACUGGCAGGAAGCCUUAUGAAUGUAAUGAGUGUGGGAAAGCCUUCUAUGGUGUCUCAUCCCUGAACAGACAUCAGAAAGCUCACACUGGAGAGCCGCACUAUCAGUGCAGUGAGUGUGGGAAAGCUUUCUUUGACCGCUCAUCCCUUACACAGCAUCAGAAGAUUCACACUGGAGACAAGCCAUAUGAGUGUACCGAAUGUGGGAAAGCCUUUAGCCAGAGAUGCCGGCUUACGCGACAUCAGAGAGUGCAUACAGGAGAGAAACCCUUUGAAUGCAGUGUGUGUGGGAAAGUGUUCAGUUCUAAAUCGUCUGUUAUUCAACAUCAACGACGUUACGCCAAACAAGGAAUAGAUUGA